AUGGCACAAUACAGAGGAGACCAGCAGUACAGACAAGAAGUUCGCCAGACUGAUGAACAUGGCAACCCUAUUCAAAAACAUGAGGAGCACGAAACCUUUGUUCAAUCAGACACCGGAGGACAGUAUCAACAUGAAGUUCGUCGUACCGAUGAGCAUGGCACCACUGUUCAGAAAACCGGUGGGAUUAUGGGUGAAUACGGUUCUACCGGCCAAGGAAACCGAGGAACCGGAACCGGUACUUUUGGUACCGGUGGCCACGAAGGUUUGGGUACGAAUAUAGGUCAUGUUGAAGGCCGCACCCGGACAGGGACCGGGACCGGUGGUCACCAAGGGUUGGGUACCAAUAAAGGUCAUGUUGACAGUGGCACUGGGAUGGAAUAUACCCCUGGUGGUCGUUCCAUUGGUCAGACCGGUUCCCAGGGUUUGGGAACCGAGCCUGGCUCCCAUGGUGGGAUCAUGGGAGAUUAUGGUGCUACACGUCAACACCACCAGGGGCUAGGUCAAGGAAACCAAGGGACAGGAACUGGUGGCACUGGGACAGAUUAUAAUACCUCUAGUGGUCGUUCCGUUGGUCAAACUGGUUACCAGGGACUUGGUACUGAGCCAACGACUGGAUCGGAUCAAAACCUACCAGGAGCUACGCGUAUAGGCGGUGCGGGCAUUGGCACCGGAACCAGGGGUACCGGCAAUGGAGGGAUGAGGGACAAGCAUAAAGAGAAGCUGCCGGGACGUCGUGACUAA